CUUCUGCAAUAUAUAGACUUUUCAAUCUUUUGCUUGGUGUGUUUGUAUGUUCUAAUCUCUGCUUUAAUUGAUCCAGAAUGGAGAACAGUCCCAUGCGUCAACAAAUUGCUUCCAUGAGGCAAUCCCUCUUUGAUGAGGAAAUUCUUGACAAUCAUUAUCUACAAUUGGAGCAAUUGGAAGAUAGAGACAAUCCCAACUUUGCAGAGGAGGUUAUGACCUUGUAUUGUAGGGACUCCACUAAAAUCAUAGCUUCUCUACACCAAAUUCUGGAGAAACCCGGUCCGAUGGAUGUGAAUAAACUCGACAAAUUCCUCCAUCAACUCAAAGGAAGCAGCGCCAGUGUCGGCGCUAACAAAAUAAGGAAUGAAGUGAAUCUGAUGAGGGAAUAUGUAAAAGAAGAAAACAUUGAAAAGACUAAAUCUGCCUUCCAGGAGCUCCAAAUACAGCAUGACAUCCUGCGAGCUAAAAUUGAACCUUAUUUCCAGUUGCUGCGACAAGUUGGGCCUAUUGAAACGGCUCAGCGACCCAAGUGAUUACCUCGGUGGUGUUAAUGCAACAUUUAGACCCUUCUAUGCGGUCCAAAGGAAGCCCCAAGAUGUUUUAAUCUUGUGUAUUUUGACUCUUCAAAGUACUUUUAAAUUUUGUCCUGUGUUGUUGUAUAUGAGGGAAGUUCCCUAUAUAUAAACUUCCUUUUCUCAAUCUGUAAAAAUGCUUUGUUUUAA